GAAAGCUCGACCAACAAGACAAUGAUUAUCACAGAGACCAAUCGCAGAGAGAUCUGCAAAUACCUUUUCAAAGAAGGAGUAUUGUUCGCGAAGAAGGAUUUCAAUCUGCCAAAGCAUCCUUUGAUCGAAUCAGUACCGAACCUGCAAGUGAUCAAGCUCAUGCAGAGCUUCAAAUCCAAGGAGUAUGUUAGGGAGACAUUCGCGUGGAUGCAUUACUAUUGGUUUCUGACGAACGAAGGCAUCGAGUUCUUGAGAACUUACCUGAACCUUCCCUCCGAUGUCGUUCCUGCUACCUUGAAGAAGUCUGCUAAGCCCGGAGGCCGUCCCUUUGGUGGCCCUGGUGAUCGCCCUAGAGGAGGACCUCGCUUUGAUGGAGACCGUCCCAAAUUUGGUGACCGUGAUGGCUACCGUGGAGGCCCACGUGGUGGUGAUUUUGGAGGUGAAAAGGGUGGCGCUCCUGCUGAUUUCCAGCCGUCUUUCCAAGCAGGUGGUGGUGGUAGACCUGGAUUUGGCCGUGGUGCUGGCGGUUACAACGCAGCAGCACCAUCUGGCUCCGGUUUACCUUGA